AUGCCAGGUUUCGCUGGUGUAGAUGUCGUCAUGACACAUGGACCACCAAAGGGAAUUCGCGAUGAGUGUAAAGAUGGUCACCAGAGCUGCGAAAAUAUACUUCGCGCGAUUAAGCGUGCGAGGCCUUUGAUGCAUUGCUUUGGCCACAUUCAUGAGGGAUACGGCACCAAUAAGAUUGUGUGGGACAAUGAAAUGAAGGGAGAGAGCGAUUUGGUAAAUGACUAUCCUCGGGCUAUGGACAUGCCUGUGGAACCCGGAAAAGAGACGCUCAUGGUUAAUGCAGCGAUCAUGGACGAGGAGCAUCAACCCAACAAUGCCUCCUGGAUCCCCAAUUUAAAACUGCCUUCUUCAUAA